AUGGAUACAAGCAAUUAAUAAAUACAGGAUAAUUCGAACUCUUAAUUAAAUUAAAACGAGUAAACGCUUAAUGGUUUAGUCGCCAGCUCAUUUGCUCAUAAAUAUUCGAUGAGAAAUUAAAAUAGUAUAGGAGAAUAUCCAUAGAUAACUCUUAGAUAGGCAGAUAGUAUUAAAGCUCUGAAAAAAAAUAAUUCUCUAAUGCAUCAAUCAAUUAAAUUAUAAAAUUAAGCCAAACCGCAACACGAUUAAACUUAAUUAAAUAUAAAAAGUAACUAUUUAGACGUAGGGACCUCCGAUUCGCACAGAGUUAAAUCUACGUCAAAAAGCAAAUUUGGUGAUAACAGAAUUUCUUAUGACUUUUCUAAUCAUAAUGUAGAACUUUAAAAUGGCAAACUAGUCUUCAAAGACAUUAGAGAAGAUAUUUUAACAAAGAAGGUUGACAAAGCACUCAUUAAAGUAUAGCAAAUCAAUAAUUAGAAAUAUGCUAUCAAACUACUAGGUUUAAAACACUUUUUACUAAAACUUUCUAGAUUCACGCAUUCCUAUAUGAACAAGCAUUUAACGAAAUAUCAAAAAACUGUUAUUAGGGAUUAAGCACUACCUGAAGUUAGCAAUAAUUAAAUAAGAGAUUCUAGUUAAAAAAAAGAUGAGGAUGAUUUGGCUUUUUUUGAAAGAAUCCUCUAAAUGAUUCCUCUUUUUAAUCCUUCUAAUACUUUUAUUUUAUUGUGGGAUGUCAUACAGAUGAUAUUUAUACUUCUCUUUUUCUUCGCCAUUCCUCUUUAAAUAGUUUACAAUCUAGGUAUUGGCACUUUUAUUACUAAUAUAUUAUUCAACACAGGAUUAGUACUUUUUAUAAUUGAUAAUAUUAUCUGCCUUAAUACUACUUAUUUCGACAAAGGUAUACCUGUCAAAGAUAGACAGCUUAUUUGGUAUCAUUAUUUGAGAAAACAUUUUGUUACUGAUUUUCUUUCAAACAUUCCUGUGAUGAUUGAAAGUUUUUUAACUAGUCUUAGUGGUAUUUGGGGACUUUUAAUGCUUUUGCAAUAUCUUAAAGUUGACAGAAUUACAAUAAUCAUUCGUAAAGUAGAAGAGAUCUUCCAUCUCUCGCCUAAAUAAAAAUAGCUGGUACGCUUAGCUAAGUUACUUUUCAGAGUUUUAUUUGUAGCUCAUAUUUUUUCCUGCAUUUGGUUGUGGUUAGCCUUAACAAAUAACACGGAUUCUCAAGUUUGGAUUGAUAAGUACAAUUACAAUACUUUAUCUUGGGAUCAAUAGUAUCUUGCAUCAUACUAUUUUACUACCGUAACUAUGAUUACUGUAGGAUAUGGCGAUUUUGUUCCAGUAAAUAAUAGGGAAUUCGCCUUUUGUAUCUUUACUAUGUUGGUUGCUUGUGGUGUUUUUGCUUAUGCAGUAAAUUAGAUUGGUAGUAUAUUUGAAAAUAUGAGUAAAUAAGAAAUGUAAAUAAAUGAAAUGAUGUAUAAUAUAAGCAGUUAUAUGCACUUGAAAAAAGUUUCUAAAGAAUUACAAUAUUAAAUUAGGGAAUAUUUAUAAUAUUAUUGGACUGAGUAACAAGAUAGAGAUACAGAGAUAGAAGAAAAAAUAAAAAGUCUGUUGAGUGACAACUUGAGGGAUCAGCUAGCAUUAGAAGCAAAUAAUAUAGUUUUAAAAGAUUCAGUUGUGUUUAUAAACAACUUUAGUAAUUAAGUAAUUAGCAGAAGUGUACCUCUUAUCAAAGAAUAUAGAGCAACUCCUGAUGAGAUCAUACUUAUUGAAAACACUAUUACUGAAGAUUAGAAUAUAUAUUUUAUAGAAAAAGGUUAAGUUGAAGUAUUUCUUUCAUAAUCUGACUAGCCUAUACAAAUAAUGAAGCUAAAAGCCGGUGAUUGCUUUGGAUAAGUUGGUUUCUUUACGGGAUUAACAAGAACUCUAUCAGUCAAAUCUUUAGAUUUUACAACUUUGAUUUAUAUAAAGAGAUCUGAAUUUAUUGAAUUGCUAAAAGAAUACCCAGAAGAUUAUGAAUAAUUUUGCUAUAUUAAAGAUAAAAUUUUAAAUGAAAGCGACUACAGAUUGAUUGGAAUGAAGUGUUAUUCUUGCAAAGAUGGAAAGCAUUUAGCUAAUGAGUGCCCCUAUCUGCACUACACGCCUAAAAAAUUUCUACUUUUGAAAAAAUAUUUUUAUCCAGGAUAUCAUUAAAACAGGUAGAAACAUGAAAGGAAAAAGUUUUUAAAAUCUCCAAAUUCUUUGAAAGCUAAAUCAAAUAUUAGAGAGAAGGCAGAAUAGAUUUAAGAAUAAUUUUCAGUGAUUAUUGAUGAAUUAUUUGGUGAUGAAGAUUUUUUUGAUACUGAUGAAGAAGAAGAAAAUAAAUUAGCUGCAGAUAGUGAUGAUGAAGAUGAUGAAAAUAGUUAGGAAAAUGAAGAAGAAAAAGAAGAAAAUAAAGAUAGUUAAUAAAGGAUUGGAUUUAAACUACCAUCAUUUUUGUAGUAAUUAAACUAUGCUAAAAAAUUAUCUAUUGAUAGAUAAGUGGAUAAAUAAGAUGAAGGUAAUCUUUCUGAGAGUAACUUGUAACUCAACAACUCAAAUUAAAAAAUUCUACCAAAUUAAUAAAUAAAUGUUUAACUUGGAUUUUUAAAUUCAAACAGUUUACAAAAUUAAUAAGGAGAAGAUUCAGAAAAAUUGAGUCCUUUAGGUCCGCAAAACGAAAAAGUUGUAGUUUUUUCCAUGGAAACAAAAAAUGAAGAAAUAGAUUAUGAAAAUUAAAAUAACGAAUAUAAUUAAAAAGGGUAUUUGCAUAUUUAAAAAGAUACUAAUAAUAUAAUUAGUAGUAGAAAAGCUGUUGCACCUAUUUUAAAAUCUUUAUAAUCACAGUCAACUACUGGGACAAAAGAAAUCAAAGAAUCUUAGUUUAGCUAAAAUUAGAUUGCGCCACAACAGUCAGUAAUAAUUCCAACAUCAAAUACUAAAAUAGAGAAAAGAUAGUCUAUUUCAAAAGUUUAAAGAUAGGAAUCGAAAAGAAAGUCUACUAAAAAGCAUACCACUGGUAAUUCUAAUAGUGGUGGUAUUAGCAAUUCUACUUAAUGCAUAAAUGCUAUCAGUAAUUUGAUUAAAAAACAAAAUUCUAUGAAAGAUGAAUCCACUAUCUAUACAAAUCAGCUGAGCUCUUAAUAUUCUAAGUUGGAAACUUUAAGUAAAUAAAAUAAUAAAUACAAAUCAAAUAAUUUAGCUGGGAUGUAAAAAACUAAUGAAUUCAAAAAUAAUAACAAUAUUCUUCUCCAGGCAAACUCAUCUGUGCUUGAAAAUAUUAAAAGGAUAAGCUAUGACUAAAACUAGUUAUUAUUGAAUAAGAUAAUAGAAAUAUUAGGAUCAAAUACACAUACUGGGCGAAAAACAUCAUAGGUCUCUUAAUCUGUUAUAGAAGGUUCUGAUAAUUAAACUAAUUUUUACGGACUUGAGGAUUUCGAUACUCUUAAAAAUUAUAGCUUUUACUAUCCAUCCAGUAAUGUUGAAUAUGUUUUAGAUAAAAUUGUAAGCUUAAAAAAUCAUACAAAUGUAAAGCACAAUUUGUUUAUACAUUUGAAUAAAUUGAAACCAACUACUUAGAAUAACAAUUAAAGUAAUUCUAUCAAUCCAUAAGACUUUGUAAGGAAAAAUAGAAAAACUGGUGGAACUAGAAUAGUAGCUUCAGGUGGAGUAGCAGGAAAUUUGUUAAAUAAAUUUAGGCAGUAAGAAGAUACCAAAGAGAUAGCAUAAAUAUAUUAAGAAUCAGAAAGCAAUUCUAUUAUUGGAGUAAAUCGUAGUGGUAGCAUACUUAAUAAUGGAGAAGGUACGCCAUUUGUAAGAGGUGGAGCAAGAAAAGCUACAAAAAGAUAAAAUAUAAUGCUUGUUAGUGGAGGAGAAGAAGGCUCAGAUGAUUCUAAGAAAAGCAAUAUAGAAGGAAUUUUAUCUUAAACUUAAUCCAAAUAAAGUAGAUUUAAAAAUGAAGUUUCUAAAAUAUAAGAAGAAGAAGAUGAAGAAGAAAGAGAGAGAUAAAGAUUAUCCAUGAAUAUUUCUGAUAUUAAUUAAUAAGCUACCAGUAUUGUUAGUGAACAAGUAAAAUUAAAUUUUAAAUACAACUAACUCGAAGACUGUCAAUCUAAUAGAACAUAUGAAUUAGAUGCUAUUUUUGGAUUUAAAGGAGAAACUUUUAGUAAAAUACCAUCAUAGCAAUCAAUAAGUGAUAAUGGAUAAAUAACUGGUUUCCGAAAUUUAGAAUGUUCUCCAAGCCAUCAUAAAAAUAAACCUAAAAAUUAAAAAAUUUAAAAUUGA